GCGGGCGCAAGAAGGAGCCCGAGCGGGUGGCCUUCCUUGCAGUGCUGUCGAAGCCCGGCGUGCCGGACAAGCGCUUCACCAUCGCCAAGGACCGAAGCAGGAAGGAGUGGACCUGCGGCAACGGCACCCUCAUGCGCGAGGAGAGCGGCGUCGAGGUCCUCCACUGGCAGGCCGGGGACGGGCGGGUCAGCACCUGGUCCCGCGAGGGCUGCGUCUACUUCGACGCCCCCCCGGGCGAGCAGGGCAUGCCCGAGGGGGGCAUGAUGGCCGACCAGCACCAGAGCUGGACGAUGCCGAUGAUCUUCACGCUGGUGCCGAGCGAGGCUGGCGCGCCCAUGGGCUGGCAGGAGCAGUCCAUCAAGGACACGGUUAUGGACACGGACUCCGUGCUGGAGGCCAUGCAGCUGCCCCGGCCAGCGCUCCCAGUGCUGCCCGAGGCGGAGUCAGCGGAGGGCACCACCAUGAGGGCCUCCGCGCCGGAGUUCGUUCCCACCACGUUCGCCGCCGCGCGGGCGUCACUGGGACAGGCGGCCGAGGUUUCCGACGCCGCGAGCUCCGACGGCGACGGCGCCGCGAACUCCGCGCCGUCCACCGGCGUGCCGGUGACGCCGCAGCAGCGCUACGCGAGGACGCCAACGCAGUCGCCGCUGCUCGGGCCGCAGCUGGCCCCGCCGCAGACCGUCCCGCCCUACCGGUCGAGGGCCUCGCCCAAGAUGGGGCCCGCGCCGUCGCAUGCGCGCGGCUCCGCGGACCUGGCCCACAGGCCGCAGCGCGGGAGGACACCGGCGGGGACGCCGCAGUGCUCGCCGCAGCUGAACCCGCUGACACCGCGCCGCCCUCGGGCAUCGAGCUCUCCGAGGGCGCGGAGGACGUGCAGGCCUUCGGCAGCCGCCUGGAGUGGGCGAUCCCAGACGCGUGGGGGAAGCUGAGCAAGCUGCCCCAGGAGACCCGCGGGGCGCGCCUCUCCUUGAAGAGCCACUGCCCCAACAUGCAGCUUGCGUUCUACCCCAACGGGAACAGGGCGGCGGAGCCAGGGCACUGCACAGUGGCGCUCACCCGCGGGCCCCAGUGUGCAGGCAUCAAGUUCGAGUUCUUGGUGAAUGGGCGGGGAAUCGGGCCCAAGGUGUGCCUUGGACGCCGGUAUCUCGGCGACUAUCCGAAGCCGUACGACGACUCUGAUGCGAGCAAGCCGCAGAAGGUCGUCGUCUGCAUGCAGAUCCUGGAAGUGCUGGGCACCCCAGCCAUCUCGGACGUCAAGAUCUUCGUGCCGUCCCGAGAGGUGAUGCUCUCGGUUGUGAGGUUCUAUCAGCACUACCUGCUGGUGCCGAUGAAGAGCGCUGGCCCCACCGAGUACCAGGUGCAGCUGCACUUCGGACCCGGGGACGGCCUGCACCAGACGGUCACCUUCGUCCAGGACCCCGGCGCCAGCUUCGCGGACCUAGGUUCGAUCUGCGUGUACGUCGCCGAGAAGACGAUGUUCGCCCGCGCCUUCGCGAGGUGCAAGGUGGGCGGGAUCCUCGGCGCCGCGUCGCCGACCGACCUGCACGAGGCCGAGAGGAACUGCGAGUUCCAGCUCAGCUGCAUACAGGACCGACCCUGGAACCAAGACCGCGCUUAUCCCGCUGCAGGAUCCACACGUCGUGCGCCUCGCCAGCCACCCCGAGUGCCCGCUGCACAUGUCCGCCGCCCCGGCCACCCCCACGCGGCACGCGGCGCGCGCUCGCUCAGCGGCCGCGGCCGGUGA